UUCUCGCUCUUUUUGCUCGUACGUUGUUAUUUCUUCGUUCGUUUCAACAAAAAAAAAAAAUGCAGUACCAGACAGAAUCAUGGGGUUCGUACAAGAUGAACAAACUAGGAUUCGGCGGUGUGGGUAUGGUGGCUGACACUGGUCUGCUUCGCAUUGAGUCUCUUGCCGCAGAGAGCGCCGUCGUGAUAUUCAGCGUGAGCACGUGCUGCAUGUGCCACGCCGUGAAAGGUCUCUUCCGAGGAAUGGGCGUCAGCCCCACCGUCCACGAGCUCGACCUCCACCCCUACGGCGGCGACAUCCAGCGAUCCCUUAUCCGUCUCCUCGGCUGCUCCGGCUCCUCUUCUCCGGGUUCCCUUCCCGUCGUCUUCAUCGGCGGCAAACUUGUCGGAGCUAUGGACAGAGUCAUGGCUUCCCACAUCAACGGCUCUCUCGUUCCUCUUCUCAAAGACGCCGGCGCUCUUUGGCUUUGAUCCUCUUUUCCCUGUCUGCUUUUUUUUUUUUUUUUUUUUGUCUAAAAGCUAAGGCUAUAGCUCUCUGUCUAAUUAAGAUAAUGGGUUAAGGAAGUCUAGGAAAACUAAUCGAGAUGCUGUAAUGACAGGUUUAGGUUAUAGUUUGUAAUUAGAGAGACUUGUGUGUUUGUUUUAAAGCUCAUCUUUCUCUCCCCCAUCCCCCUGCUCUUCAUCUCUUCUUAUUAAUCUUUCAAAUUUAUUAAAUUAGAUGAUUUUCCAUUUUGCUA